AUGGGAAGAUCCCGAGUUUUUCCCUCCAACCACUGCGUGCUGCUGCUGCUGCUGGCCGGGCUGAGCUGUGCCCAGUACGAGCCCUGGCCGUACCUGCCCGGCUACCCCGAGCCACCCCCCCAGGUGUUCCAGCCGCCCCAGAGGGCCCCAAACGUGCCCAAAAUCCAGCUGAGGCUGGCGGGGCAGAAGAGGAAGCACAACGAGGGCAGGGUGGAGGUGUUCUACAGCGGAGAGUGGGGCACCGUGUGCGACGACGACUUCUCCAUCCACGCCGCCAACGUGGUGUGCCGGGAGCUGGGCUACGUGGAGGCCGUGUCCUGGCUGCCCAGCUCCAAGUACGGCAAAGGAGAAGGAAAAAUCUGGCUGGACAACGUGCACUGCACGGGCAAGGAGAGCAGCCUGGCUGCCUGUGGCUCCAAUGGAUGGGGCGUGAGCGACUGCAAACACACCGAGGACGUGGGCGUGGUGUGCAGCGAGAAGAGGAUCCCUGGCUUCAAGUUUGACAACUCCCUGAUCAACCAAAUUGAGAACAUGAACAUCCAGGUAGAGGACAUUCGGAUCCGCGCCAUCCUGGCCACCUACCGCAAGCGGGUCCCUGUCACCGAGGGCUACGUGGAGGUGAAGGACGAGGGCACCUGGAAGCAGAUCUGUGACAGGCACUGGACCAUGAAGAAUUCCCGGGUGGUCUGCGGGAUGUUCGGCUUCCCCAGCGAGAGGAAAUACAACACCAACGUCUACAAGAUGUUUGCCAGCAGAAGGAAGCAGCACUACUGGGCUUACUCCAUGGAGUGCAGCGGGAACGAGGCCCACAUCUCCAGCUGCAAGCUGGGGAACCACCUGACGGGCGCGGGGAAGAACAGCAGCUGUGACAACGGGAUGCCUGCCGUGGUCAGCUGCGUGCCCGGCCGCGCCUUCGCGCCCAGCAGCCACAGCGGCUUCCGAAAGGCCUUCAGGCAGGAGCAGCCCCUGGUGAGGCUCAAGGGAGGAGCCAACACGGGCGAAGGCCGCGUGGAGGUGCUGAAGAACGGCGAGUGGGGCACGGUGUGCGACGACAACUGGAACCUGGUGUCGGCCAGCGUGGUGUGCCGGGAGCUGGGCUUCGGCAGCGCCAAGGAGGCCAUCACGGGGGCCAGGCUGGGCCAAGGAAUGGGUCCCAUCCACCUGAACGAGAUCGACUGCACGGGCUUUGAGAAGUCGGUCACGGACUGCAAGUUCAACACCGAGUCCCAGGGCUGCAACCACGAGGAGGAUGCUGCUGUGAGGUGCAAUGUGCCAGCCAUGGGCUUCCAGAACCAGCUUCGCCUGAGCGGGGGCCGCAACCCCUACGAGGGGCGCGUGGAGGUGCUGGCCGAGCGCAACGGGACCCUGAGGUGGGGCACGGUCUGCAGCCACAACUGGGGCACCGUGGAGGCCAUGGUGGUGUGCAGGCAGCUGGGGCUGGGCUUCGCCAGCCACGCCUUCCAGGAAACGUGGUACUGGCACGGGGACGUCAGCGCCGACGACGUGGUGAUGAGCGGGGUGAAGUGCUCGGGGACAGAGAUGUCGCUGUCGCACUGCCGGCACGACGGGGCCCACGUGUCCUGCCCCAGGGGAGGGGGGCGCUUCGGGGCCGGCGUGUCCUGCUCCGAGA